AUGGCAUUCAGGGCAGCAGUAACAAAGCAGUGGAGAUCAAUGCUGAUCAAUUCCGCGGGACAAAGCCGAGCAUUCUCCUUGUCCGGCCCUGCCACAGCCACCUCCAGAAAGUAUGUAACCACGGCAGCUGCACCGAUACACGAAGAACUCAACCUUCGAACGGCCAAGGCAAAGGCGGCAGCAACAGGGGACUGGGCGCCGGUGAUGAUCAUGGGGGGUUUCAUGGUGGUGGUGCUGACCAUUGCGAGUCAUAGUGCUUGGCAACAGCUGGCCUACGCACCAUCAGUUCACAUCAGGAAGAAGAAGAGGGAGACGCUGCCGGAGGUUUACGCCCCGAACGCCGUGGUGGGGUCAGCGGACAAGUUCAUUAACAAGUCAUUCUUCAGAAAAGUUGGUCACAUUCAGGACAACAAUGUUAUACUUGAGGACAGUUCUCGCCCUGAUCCCUUCACUCGUUCCAGGGAAAUCCAUUCUCUAAAAUCAGUUGGAGUUGGUAAAUGA